UGCGCGGCGGUCGGUCGGUCGCUCGGUGUGCGGGUCCGUGUGUCGGGCCGGGGCUGUGUCUGCGGCGAUGAAAUUCCCCGGCUCCGUCCUCGUCUCCGUCGUCCUGUUCGUGGCCGAGACGGCGGCCGCGCUGUGCCUGAGCGGCGCGUACCGGGCGGCGGGGGACCGCAUGUGGCAGUGGCUGACGCUGCUCUUCGCCCUGCUGCCCUGCGCGCUGGUGCAGCUCAGCCUGGUCUUCAUCCACCGCGACGUGAGCCGCGACCGGCCGCUGGUGCUGCUGCUGCACCUCCUGCAGCUCGGGCCCCUCGUCAGGUGUGUGGAAGUCUUUUACAUUUACUUCCAUGCUGGCAGAGUCGAAGAGCCAUAUGUCAGCAUCACGAAGAAGAGGCAGAUGCCCAAGGAUGGGUACUCGGAAGAAGUUGAGAAGGAAGUGGGCCAGGCCGAAGGCAAGCUGUGUACGCACAGGUCUGCAUUCAGCAGGGCCUCUGUGAUCCAGGCAUUCCUCGGCUCAGCCCCCCAGCUCACGCUCCAGCUCUACAUCUGUGUCCUGCAGCAGGAGAUAACGGCUGCCAGAAGUGUAUUUAUGGUCCUUUCUCUCCUGUCAAUUGUAUAUGGCGCCUUACGCUGCAACAUCCUGGCUAUUAAGAUUAAGUAUGAUGAUUACGAUAUCAGUGUGAAACCAGCUGCCUACCUCUGCAUAUUCAUGUGGAGAAGCUUUGAGAUUGCUACACGGGUUAUAGUGCUGGUCCUUUUCAGCUCAGUCCUUCAGAUCUGGACUCUCCCCGUUGUGCUAGUGAAUUUCUUUGUUUUUUUCUUUUACCCGUGGAUUCUCUUCUGGCAAAGCAAGUCCCCGUUUCCCGAGAACAUAGAGAAGGCAUUGAGCAGGGUCGGCACCACCAUUGUCUUGUGCCUUCUCACCUUCUUGUACGCAGGCAUUAACAUGUUCUGCUGGUCGGCAGUGCAGGUGAAGCUCAAUGAUCCUGACUUAAUUAACAAGUCUCAAAACUGGUACUGUCUGACUGUGUAUUACAUGCUGCGAUUCAUUGAGAAUGCAUUCCUCCUGCUGAUGUGGUACAUCUAUAAAACUGAUAUCUACUUGUACGUCUGCGCCCCGUUGUUGGUCUUGCAGCUCCUGAUAGGUUACUGCAUGGCUGUCCUCUUCAUGUUGGUGUUCUACCAGUUCUGUCACCCGUGCAAAAAACUCUUUUCAUCCAGCAUUACCGAAGGUUUGCUCUCCUGUUUCAAGUUCCUCUGCUUUGUUUGCAAGCCUCCCAAAUCCACCAGAGUAACAGACAAGGCAGAGUUGAAAUCAUCUGAAAAUGCUGAUGAAUCACAGAGCAGUAACAAGACAACAGAUUCUCAAAAUGGGAAUCGUCAUCAAAGUGUUUCUUCCAAUGCCUAGUAUAACUGGAAACAAGUAUGUGCCUUGGGAAGGUUGCAGGUCACCUGCUGGGAAUGUUGGGCAUCUUGGAUAUUGUGUCUUGUGGGUGGGUUUUCUUUCUUGCAGGUGUACGCUGCAUGAAGACUGACAAGCCUACCUUUAUGGAAAACGUUGCUUAUGGGUAUGUGUACCUGUACGUGUUUAUGUAUGAAUGUAGAAAGCAGUCAUUGUUUGUAGACUUCUGUUUCAGAUUCUUUUUGACAUGUUUUUAUUAUCACGUGCUCAAUUUGAAAUCAUUAUAGAAGACAUCCUUCAAAAACUAGCCUGAUUCUCAUCUUACUCAGGAAAUCUGAGGAUGGAAGGAAAUGCAUUUUAUUUCAGAUAGGAUGUCAUUAAGGCAUGCCACCCUAGCAUGGAAACAGAGCAUAGUCUUUGACUAUAUAUUGACUAUAGCUGUGGUCUGCUUUCCUCAGAUGGCAGACUUUUUUACACUCUAAUCAAUGUCAUAAAAUAAUUCUUCUCUCUGUGGCAUAAGAAUUUGACUUCUACAAUGCACAGUUGCCUAGGUUGCCAAGAAACGGCUAAUUAGCCAACACUAAUACUGAAAUGUGACUGUUACUGAGAAUGGACAGAGGGGUUAUUGGCUUAUGCACUGUUUUACUCUUCAUAUUUGCUGCUUGUUAGUAAGGGAAUUAAAUUUAACACAUUAAUUGUAAUGUUCUGGAAUAGCUCACUGUUCUGAUAUAAUCAUUUAAAUAAUACUUUAUUAUUUGUGUUAUUCUUGUAUUAGGGUGGGGUUCACUUUACAUGACUUGAAAUACCUAGAAGCUGGGUGGAUUGUAUGAACUAGUCAGGUAUGUGCACUCCAGGGAACAUCUCCAGCGAGUGAUUCAGCGCAUCUUAAAAUGUUGUCUUAGGUGACACGGAUCAUUCUCUGGAGGCCUAUUUCUCAGUGUUAACCAGAUGUCUUGACCACUAGUCUUGACCAUGUCUCCAUUUUAGAUGGCUAAAAUUAGUAGGGACAAGUGCUACUGUGUUUGUCAGCAGUUUGAUAGUACACCAAGCAGGCAACUCAGUGACUUGUUAAGUGGAGAUAGAAAAGACUGAGUCCUUUUUGAGGCCGUGAUGUAUUAUGGCUAGGUUGAUAUCAGUACUGCAAAAACCUCAGGCUUCUUUUACCUCAGAAUUACCACAGGCUUGAAAUCUGAAAUAAAAUGGAAGUUGUUGACUUUUUCUUCAAUGCACUAUAUCACCACCACAAAUAAAGUGUUUCUGUAUUUUGCAAAUCACUGAGAAAACUUUAGCAGGUAGACACGCAAGAAGUACAAUUUAGUAAAAUACACAAAAACAACUGCAUUUUAAAAAAUUAAAUGAAAGCUUUUUGCACUUUGAUGGCUUAGCACCUUGGGCUUCUUCUGUGCACAACACAUUGUGGCUGCUCGUGGAAAAAAAGCAAUUCAUGAUUCAAAGUACAUUCUAGUGCCCUCAGCCUAACUUCCAUCCUACUUUAUGGAAGAUGAGAAGUUCUUCAGUAGGGAUGAUAUCAACACCAUUUUAUUAGAAACGUCUCAAGUUGGGGUCUGAGGUCGUUUGUAAUGAGAUGUCACGUGCAGCGCUGCACAGAGCUAAGCUGUUUUUAUUUUUUAUUUUUUCCUUUACUGCACUGUAAAUGAAUGUCUUCCUACUUCAGUUUUAUAAUGGAGUUAUGUUUUUCAUUUUGCUCAAUGUGUGUAUGUGUGUGGUAUGUAUAUGUAGAUCUCAUUAAAUUAUUGGUGGGCGGUAAUAGGAGUUUUUGGCAUGAGUUUACUAUGGGAAUGUACUUGAUAUAUUUGGGGAAGUCACCCAAACCCAACAUCUCUUCUCUAACUUCUCUCUCUGAGUAGCAUUAGAAUAGUGAAGUGAUUCCUUGAAGACACUACAGUAUUUCUCUGUACUUCUGUACAUAAAGGUACAGUAUAGUAUUUCCUUGCACUUUUCUAGAUGUAGAAGAGUAUUUCCAUUUGUUUUUUGUUUGUUUGUUUUUUUUUUUUUAUGGUGAGUUAAAGGAGCAAGUGAGAAUGUGACCCCUUAAAUCCAAACCUUCAUAGUUCAGCACAUGGGGCCAAUUUUUCAGGUAUUCUUAGAACUGAAUAUCUAACUUCAUAGUUGGGUGGUCGUUGAUGAUCAGGGAAUUAAAGUCAUUGCCUAACUACAUAUGCGCCCAGGUGAGAAAUUUUAGUCUUUGAGAACAAAGUGACUUCAUGUGUAGAAGUACUUCACAGCUAAGAAGAGAGCUCUCGAGUCUUUAAAUCAGACUUUGGACACUGGAAAUGAUGGUCCAAUUGUGAUUUUGCCACUUGAAACAGUGAAAACUUCACAAACCUCAGCUAGUGAAAUGCUUAUGCUACAGGGAAGUCAACAGGAGGGAGCUGUAAACGACACAGCCAGGAGUCCAGUAUAUAUAUGCAGUGAGUACCGUUCAACUUUACAUGCUAAUGAUGAAGACUAAUGUAUAUGCAUAUUUUUAGAGAAUGUACCAUAUUACUUCCUAUUUUUAUACUAGUUUUCUCAAGUGCAUGCAUAGAAGCCCGAAUAUUUAAAUCUUAAUAUUUAAAUAUUUAAAUAUUAAAUAUUUUGAAAAUAAGAUUGUAUGGCUUAUAUCACUGUCAUAUGGUUUUGCCUUAGGUACAGACUAGCCAAAUACUAGCCAAAUACAGUUUAAACACAGCAUCAACAUGAGUGCCAUUGCUUUUUCUGUCCUUCUUUUUGCUGGCCUCAUCAACAGUGAGUGCCAUUGCUUUUUCUGUGCCUCGUGUCACCGCAGCAUCACGUGCAGAUUGACUAGCCAUAUUGCUGCUCUGUGUAUGUUUUGAUCCUGCGGUGCUGCCAUUGCUGGUAGAAAGAAGGAAUGAGAGGCAGUCAGAGACAAAGAUGUUCUGUUGCAUCAAGACCAGUGUUUUAGAGGACAAGCUUAUGUUUCUGCAGUGUGCUAUAAUGCCAGGAGAUGCAGUUUUUCCCAGGAUAGUGACAGUCUAGAUAGUAUUAUUAUCAAUACACCUAGUGGCAGCACUGAGAGAAGGGUAGUAUUAGCUAGGAAGGAUGUAUGUAUAUGAAAGAGUGAUGUCUUGCUGCGAAUUUACUGUGAUUUUUCAAUGUUAGAGGUGUAUAUAUUCAAUGGAAGGGUAUAGGGCUAAUGUUAAAAACUGAACUCACUUGAGUAGUCCUGAGUCACACGAAGGAUUGCUCAGUAAGGAUUGUUCAUGGAUAUGAGUAUGCAAGAUCUGGUACGUCUUUUAUACUUGUAAAACAACAUGAAUUAAAAUGUUGAAACACUAA